AUGCAUGGAGCCAUCGAAGCAUUGAACUCUUCAACACGCGCCAAACUUCGCUCAACCCAAAUCCUCACUUCGCUGCCCCAAAUUGUAUCCGAGCUUCUACAGAAUUCCCUUGAUGCUGGGGCGUGUCAGAUAGACAUAGGCUUGGACUGUGAGGAAUGGUCUUGUUGGGUCAAAGAUGAUGGUUCUGGCAUCAGCAAAGACGGCCUCAAUAUUAUAGGUGGCGAUGGAGGAGAAGGUCGAUAUGGAACGUCAAAGGAAUGCGCGCCAGGCUUUAUGAACUCCCUUUCCACAUUUGGUUUUCGAGGAGAAGGUACAUUCAAUAAUCGCUGCUCAGACGGCAGCUGUUAA